AUGAACAAGCAAGAAAUCAAACAAAAGUGGGAAAAGGCUCUCGCUCUCACCAAGACCUACACUCCAGACAAGUUCAAGUUUUAUGGCAUGAAUGAAAAAGUCUCGAUCAGCUCUGCGGAAGCUUCAGAAGGCACUGUGGUGAAGGGAGAGAUUAUUGUUGAACAGUGCAAGGCUAGAGAGUACAUGGAUGUAAUUUGUGCAACCGAUAUGCCAACAAGACUCAAGCUAGAUCCCAAGACAAAGGCUUUUUCUGAGUUGGAUACUUUUGAAGAUGGAGAUGGGCGUUGGUCCAUUCGGUAUUACCUUGUUGCUUCUCCAAGCAUGAUGGUCAGCGAUCGUGAUUUUCUCUAUUGUGAACGUGAAUUCCAAGAAGGCAACAAGCUCACCUUGUUAACCACCUCUAUUGAUGGCUCCUACACUUGUGAUAAGGCAUCUGGAGUGAGAGGAACAAACAUCUUUACCUUGUACGAACUCGUUGAAUUGGAGAAUGGAGAUUUGAGAGUCACUUUCAUGGGUCAGGCCAAUCCUAAUGGUUGGAUUCCAACUGCAGUCGCCAAUCAAGUCGUGUACGAACGUCCUUUGGUUGUUUCUGCUGCUGCCAAGAUUUUGAACAAGAACAUUAAGAGUGUCCAAUAA